AGCCCGUGCCCGACUUCAAGCGAUGCAAACGCAGUGGAAGGCGUCGCUGCAGCGUGCCAAGAGCCGGCGCACGACCACGCAAGUCGACGAGUUCUCGCUCACACGACCCGAGAAGACUGCCAAGCUCGCGCAAAAGAAGCAAGCACGCAUCGAGCGGCUGACCGCGGCCGAGCGCGCCGAGAAGGAUGCUAUGGAAGCGGAGCGGCGGCAGCGGUUGGAGGCAGCCAUGGAAGCGGCCAAGGUCAGCACCAAAGUGUCGAUGACGGCGUCGCACAAGCUGCGCACCGAGGCAAUCCAAGCCAAGUUGAAGGCGCGCCACGAGCUCGACAAGAGUCAGGAGGAGGCGCUCGUGGCCAAGAAGGAAAAGCUCAAGCAUAUUGCCAAGCAAGUGAUUGCCGAAGUCUCUGAUAGCGAACGGAAGCGAAAGGAAGAGAAGGGCAACUACGUUGAGGACCCCGAAGCGGCGGCCAAAGCCAAGGCCGAAGACGACCGCCAGGCGUACCAAGACGCCAUCAAGCGCAACCGCGAGCGGAUCCUCGCAGCUGCCGCGGCGCGGCCGUCGCUCAUGGAGCGCUUUGCUAUCGACAAGAAGAAGGAAGAGCACAAGCGCAAGGCCCUCCAAGCCGUGGUGACCAACGUAUUUGGAAAGAAUCUGGGCGCGUUCAAGGGCGUCUUUACCGAGGACGAGGAAGACCUCGUCGCGGGCCUCGAGACGUCUGCCGGUGACGACGCCAAGGACACCAAGGACGAGGACGAGUAUAAUGAAGACGACUAGCUCUACUGUAUUACGAUGGCUUAGACAAACGAG